AUGGCAUCCGCAGUUUUCCAAGCCAAUCGUACGGCUCUCAUCACCGGCGGCGCUUCAGGCGUCGGCUUUGCUCUCGCACAGCUGUGCCAAAAGUACGGCAUGAACGUCGCUCUCGUCGACAAAUCCACUGAAGGACUCGAGAAGGCCAAGGAAAUUCUGUCAGGAAGUGCAAGAAACGGCCAAAAGACCGAAGUCUACGACAUGGACGUAUCCGAACUCCCCCAAUGGCGCUCAUUGAAGUCAGAGAUCGAAGCGAAGUUUGGUCUCGUCGAUCUCCUCGUGCUGAACGCCGGCGCAUCUUUCAAGCCUUCGCAAGGAUUCGGCGCUCUUGGUACCUGGCUAGACCCUUCCUACCACCACAAGACCUACGAUACAAACGUAUUUGGAGUACUCAAUGGCAUUGCCGCAUUCUUGCCAUUGCUGCAAAACAAGAACACGCCGAGUGCGAUUGUGAUUACAGGAAGUAAACAGGGCAUCACGAAUCCCCCUGGUGGAAACAACCCAGCCUACAACGCCUCAAAAGCAACACUCAAGCAUUUGGCCGAACACCUCGCUCAUGACUUGCGCGAGGCAAGCCCUUUGAUCUCCACACAUCUGCUCAUCCCCGGCUGGACAUAUACCGGAUUCUCGGGUAAUGCGGGACCUAUCCCUGACGAAGAGGCCAAGGCCAAGAAGCCAGAGGGUGCAUGGUUAGGCUCGCAGGUUGCAGAAUACGGUGUUAAAAAGAUGUGCGAGGGGCAGUUUUAUAUUGUUUGUCCAGAUGAUGAUGUCAGUGAGGAGUUGGAUAAGGCGAGGAUGGCUUAUGCGGUCGGGGAUGUGGUUGAGGGAAGACCUGCGUUGUCGAGGUGGCAUGAGGAGUACAAGGAUAGUGCGGCUGAGUGGAUACAGAAGGAGGCGGAGAGAAGGAAGGGUGGGGAGUAA